AGUAUACCGACCGCGCGCAGGAACAGAGAUACGGUUGCUAUAGCUACCUAAGACGGUGUACUGGUUUAAUCCUGAAACAAAAAUGUUUUGACAAUAAAAGAAAAGAAAUACAGUAAAUGAAACAUUAGACACCGUUAUUGAGGCUAAAAUCAAUGGUACAGAAGGGGAUGUCCAGGACGCCUUCCACCUCGACACAGGAAAUCCAGAUGGACAUGUUCGACCACCACGGCUCGCACGCGCAGGGGAAAUACGCAAAGAGGAAGAGUCGCUUCAAGCGAUCUGAUGGCAGCACCUCGUCUGACACAACAUCAAACAGCUUUGUUCGGCAGGGUUCAGCAGACUCCUACACUAGUCGUCCCUCAGACUCUGACGUGUCUCUGGAGGAGGAUCCAGAGGCCCUGAGAAAAGAGGCAGACAGACAGGCUCUAGCAACCCUUGAGAAAGCCAAGACUAAACCAGUGGCAUUUGCUGUGAGGACUAAUGUUGGUUAUAACCCCGGUCCUAAUGAUGAUGUUCCAGUGCAGGGCAUGGCCAUCUCAUUUGAAGCCAAAGAUUUCCUGCAUAUCAAAGAGAAGUAUAAUAAUAACUGGUGGAUAGGACGUUUGGUGAAGGAAGGAUGUGAGGUCGGUUUCAUCCCCAGUCCUGUAAAACUGGAGAGCACUCGUCAGCUACAGGAGCAGAGGAGUAGACAAAAUCGGUUAAGCUCCAGUAAGUCUGGAGGGAGCUCCAGUCUGGAUGUUGCCUCAGGAACUCGUAGGCCCACUCCACCUGGAACAGCUGAUAUAUCAGCACUUUAUGAUGAUACUUCGGAUGUUGAGGAGGCGGAGCAUGUUGAUGCCCGGGAUCGUAAGGGUGUGGCUGGCAGUGUCACUUCCCCUCAGGGCAAUGUUCCUCGUCUGCCCUUCUUUAAGAAGAUGGAACAUGUUCCUCCCUAUGAUGUGGUGCCUUCUAUGAGACCCAUCAUCCUAGUUGGGCCAUCACUCAAAGGCUAUGAGGUAACUGAUAUGAUGCAGAAAGCUCUGUUUGACUUCCUGAAACACAAAUUUGAGGGCAGAAUAUCCAUCACACGGGUUACAGCAGAUAUCUCUCUUGCCAAGCGUUCUGUCCUGAACAAUCCCAGCAAACACACCAUCAUUGAGCGUUCCAGCACCAGAUCCAGUUUGGCUGAGGUGCAAAGUGAAAUCGAGAGAAUCUUUGAGUUGGCUCGGACCUUGCAGCUGGUGGCUCUGGAUGCCGACACCAUUAACCAUCCCUCUCAACUUGCCAAAACAUCACUGGCACCCAUAAUAGUUUACAUUAAGAUUGCUUCUCCAAAGGUAUUGCAAAGGCUGAUAAAGUCCAGAGGCAAAUCUCAGGCCAAACAUCUCAAUGUUCAGAUGGUGGCAGCAGACAAACUAGCACAGUGUCCCCCUGAGCUUUUUGACAUAAUAUUAGAUGAAAACCAGCUGGAGGAUGCAUGUGAACACCUGGCAGAUUAUUUGGAGGCGUACUGGAAGGCCACACAUCCUCCAAGCAGCAACCCCCCCAACCCACUGCUGAAUCGCACUAUGGCCACGGCAGCGCUUGCAGCUUCACCUGAACCCGUCUCCAACCUGCAGGGGCCAUUUCUCGUGCACAGUGAGCCAAAGAGAGAGGGGUCGGUUGUGGAACGUCCCUGUCCCCAGGACUAUCAGACCGAGCUGGGGAGCAAGCAGCCUCUGCGCACAUCGCGCAGUCAGUUACAAGCCGGGGGGCGUGGCUUAUCAAGACAGGACACAUUUGAUUCGGAGACACAGGGCAGCCGCGACUCAGCCUACACAGAUGACAUGGAAACAGAUCCAUAUGAGGAGCCAGAAUCCUGCCGCAGCCGGUUAAACCCUGUCCAACACACCCCACGACAGGCAUCCUGGGAGGAUGAGGGGGCAGAACCAGAUCAGGAGAACCUCAACCUAGCACCACCAAUGACCAAUCAGCAUCACCGUGGGCGGGGACACCUGAGAGAGCGCUACUGUCAAGAUGUAGAGGCUGGUGAGACUACAGUAGGCCGCAACCAAAACCAGGAGGAGUGGAACAGAGACGUGUAUAUCCGCUAGAGCCCAUACCCUAGAGAAGAGGACAGAGACGCUAUGGAGAGUACAUAAAGGAUUUAGGGGAAUAAAAAUUUAGGGGGACAAUUGUUGAUGUCUGAAGCUGGAUUUGUUUACAAUCCAUAGAAACCAUCACAGGCAAAUGCUGUACAGAUUAUACUUCUAACGUGUGCAUUAUGCCAAACAAGCUUACACUCAUCUUUCAUUUAGCUAUCUUAUUUCAGGGUGAGGGGGAAGCAAAGACAUGUUUGUUUCCAUUUUAUCUUUGUUUCUAUUUUUCCUUGUGUUGUCUUGCAUGAACCCUUACCCCGGUAUAAGGAUAAUUCCUAUCUCCAAUGGUAAUAAAGUAAAACUAAGAAAAUAUUUAACCACAAACUUGUGUGUAUGUAUGUAUGGAUGUGAGAGUGAGUGUGUGUGCAUGAGUGUAUGUAUUUUGUCUUCUGACUGUCUUAAUCAGGGCCCCUUUAUCCCCAAUUAAAAUAUUCUGGGCCUCACAAAUCUUUUUAGUUCCCCAGCCUGGAUUCGUUACAACUUUAGUGUGAAAUAUCUAAAUUAAAGAUUCAAAUGGAUUUGUUACACAGUCAGCCUUCAGAUAUAUACCAUGUCAGUGGUACAGUGGAUUCACCAGGUAAUGGAGGCCAGUUUUUCCUAGGUCAAUCUUCUCUACAAAGAUCUCCCAAUUUUCUUCAUGUAUAUACUUUCUCUAUUUCUUUAGAUAUUAUUUAUUAUGCUUAUAAUGCUAGAAACUGUAUUACAUCAUUUGCCUGAUAUAGCUUUAUUGCUGCUAUGUGUUUUUCCAGCCUGUACAGUAAUCUGUUCUAAAACUCACAUUUGUGGUAUGAACAGUUUCAGUAAAGUGGCUGACACAUUAAUAAAGCUGACCAAUGUUAACUUAUUUGUGAUAACAGGUAUUAUUAUGCAAGAAAAUCAAACCGCUUUAUUACAUGUGACAUGAUUUUUUUCCCCCCACCUUCAAAUGAGCAUGACCUUCAAAGGUCUAAGUUACUAACUAAUGGUUCUCUGCUCUGGUCCAGGAGGCUUACUGCCCAACAAAAGUAAAAAAUUUCCCUGCUUGCCUCUCUCUCAAUCAGGUUUUGUAGGCAGUAGGGAAACAUUGCAGAGGGAUGUGUCUCCAUGGCCUGAGUUUGGAAUUCAUUGUCUAAAGCACUUUGAGACCUCCAUCAAUGGCUACUACAGGAGACUAUGAUAUUAACCAUGUAGUGAAUGUUUUUAUGUGGCAUUGUCCUGUCUCCUGUGUUCAUAAAUUUUUUUCUGCUGCACUACUGCUGUAGAAAUGAAAAGCUGUCUCAUAUACAGUAUGUGACAAAUGACAAGUGCCAGAAUAUUUCAUAAAGUUACACUCUCUACACCUUAGUGACUUGUCUUAACUCUGUGCCACACAUGUUUUUGUUGUGUGGAUGUGCUAUAGCUGUGUCACCCCUACUUCUUACUCUUUGUCUACAAGGUAUUUUUGUUGCUGUAAGGAUCAGAUUUUUUGAUCACACUGAUUUUACAAAGAAAUGCACAGACUCAUACACAUAUACAGGUGUGAACACACACAGUAAACCUUCUACUGCCUUUUUCUCUUGCUCCUGCCUUUUGUGUCACUAUCUUUGUGGGCAUUUUUAAACAAGGGUUAUGUGUGUGUGUGUGUGUGUGUGUGUGUGUGUGUGUGUGUGUGUGUGUGUGUGUGUGUGUGUGUGUGUCUGUGUGUGUGUGUCUGUGUAUGUGUAAGGGGGGACACUCAAGCAGCUUUUGAUGUGCAGGAAGAGUGUCAGUGAAUAUCUUUGAUGAGCCUGUUUUUACUCAUAUGUUGCAAAAGGACAUCAUGCUAAUGAUGAAAUGCAGAAAAUGUACACGAAAAUAGCUUAAUAAUGAAUGUUAAUGUUGCAUUACUGCAAUUGUUAAUAUAUGACAAAAUAAAAAUAUGUAAUCUUUGGUGCCUGAUUGUAGCUCCAUUUUGCUUUUUUGCCUUCUGUUUUUAAUCUGUGGGUAAAUCUGUAUUUUAAUUAAA